AUGGCUGAUCAACAACAACAACUCAAAGAUAUGAGAAACACAGUAGCUGCAUAUUCCAAAAAGAAGCAACAUGUUGACACAUUCUCGUGCAGUGUAUGUGGAAGAGUGUAUAAGUAUUUGAAAGCCAAAGACAACCACGUAAAGAGAGAACAUCCAAAUUUCCAACCACCAGAAGAAGCAUUAGAAAAGGACAUGCAUUCUGAUCUAAAAGAGCCAGUUUCCGUAAGUGAUGAUCGAUACAACUAUGCUACGCUACGUCUCAGUAUGGGAUUGUUUUUGAGAAACUUCGAUGACUCAGUUAAAGAGGGCGAUGGUGAGCGUACAAUAAGAUGUUGGAAAUUUGCCAUGUUGCUAUUCAGGUUACAUGGUCACAACAAAUAUGCGCUUGCUGCAUUGCAGUUGCAGGCAUGGUUAGAAGCUAUGCUAACUCCCAAACUUUCCCAUAGUUUAAUGUGGAAUCGUUAUGUUAAUAACAAAGGAGGCCCAGGCAAAAACAUUGCCUUAGACUUGAGGCUAGAACACCUUAACAACUUGUUAAAGGGACUUCUAAAACACCUGGGGCCAAACCUAACAGAAAGUGCAGCACAAAGGUGCAGUCAAUCUAUACAUAAUGUGGAAAAGUUGCUGGAAUCAGUUGAUUCAGAUUUAAAUGUUAAGAGGUCGUCAUGUCAUCACAAGGUGAAAAAAUCACAUGAUGAUUUGGUAUCGAUAGUUAAAGAGCUAACAAGCAAAGGAAAUGUUUUCACCAAAUCUUCAACUAUCACGAGAAGUUAUGAUGUUAUGACUAAUUUCAAAGACAGUCUUCUUAAGGGCCUGGAUUAUGGCUCCUUAAGUCAAUGGAUAACAAGACACAAGAAGGAAUGGAACAAGUUAGAGCCCCUGAUAUAG